CUCCAUUCCCCCUUUAAAUCCCUAACACCUCAUUUUGCCUUGCGAGUCACCUUCAACCCGAUCCCCAAUCCCCAAUCCCCAAUCAGCCAAUUAAUCAAAUCAUGGGAACCCUAUUGGGCCAUGUCGCCCCCGGAUUCGGCUUCCUCUUCAUCGGCAUAUGGCACCUCUUCAACCACAUUAAACUCUUCUCUCUCCACCCCAAAUCAUACCGCUCCCUGCUCUGGUUCCCCUUCCCCAAGCUCCGCCACCUCGAACUCCUCUUCAUCUCCCUCGCCUGCUCCGUCUCCAUCACCAUGGAACUCUUCAUCGGUACCGAACGCCAUCAACCCCUCGACCCCGAUCUAACCAUCCCCUCCAACCAUCUCCACAACUUCGAACAUUCUUCCAUCUCCCUCACCUUUCUACUCUACUCUCUCUUCGCCCUAAUCUUCGAUUCGGCCCGAUCCCCCCGCCCUGCUGCCGAGCCGCUCACAAUCCUAGCCGCCUCUGCCGCCUUCGCCCAGCAGCUCUUCCUCUUCCACCUCCAUUCCUCCGACCACAUGGGGGUGGAAGGGCAGUAUCAUUCACUCCUCCAGCUCGUAGUAGCCGUCUCGCUUAUCACCACCAUCAUGGGCAUCAGCCACCCGUGUAGCUUCGCGGUAGGGUUUGUCAGAUCGGCGAGUAUUGCUUUGCAGGGGAUUUGGUUUGUGGUGAUGGGAUUCGCGUUGUGGACGCCGGGGCUGAUCGCCAGAGGGUGUUUCAUUAAUGAAGAGGAAGGACACACGGUGGUUCGGUGCGGGAGCGAGGAAGCGCUGCACAGAGCAAAAUCAUUGGUGAAUAUUGAGUUCAGUUUGAUUCUUGCCGUCUUUGUGGCUUCUUCGAUGGUGUUUUUUCUUGUUUUGUGCCGGGAGCCAAUGAGAGGAGAAACUUUGUGGAGUUCUCAUCCCUGCCUAGCAGGUGAUUUGAGAUUUCCCAAAAGAAGAAAGUUGUCCCUGACCUGCGUAGCAAACAAGCAACGAGAUCUUAUUUCUCGUUGCUCGUUGCGGCAAAACGUUACGAUGAAGUGUUGCGGCGAAAUGUUGCGGCUAAGAGUUGUGAAGAAGGGUUGCGACAAAACGUUGCGGCGAAGAGUUACGGUAAGAUAUUGCGGCGAAGAGUUGCGGCAAAACGUUGCGGCGGAGCGUCAUGGCAGGGUAUCACGACAACGCUUUGUCGCGGGGCGUCGUGGCGACACGUCGCGUUGUGGAGGAGCGUCACAUAUUCCGAAGGAGAUUUUCGUGCCGCUCUUGUACGUUCUGAAAGUGAUGAAGAAAUGA